AUGUCCUCCAUCCGCAACCACCGGGUGGUCAUUGCCUCGCUCUUCCUCCCCGUCACCGCCGCCCUCGGCGAUGAGCCCAACUUUCAGCCAAGCCCGAACCCUCUCGGCGGGUCCUCCCAUCGCUCGCCUCCACCGCUUAACCUGGAUGAAAAGCCGGGCGCAACUCUGCCCGAGGCACCCAGCCGCGCCAAUCCCGCGAUCAAGAGCAUCAUUGAGGACCUGUCACUGAAGUCUCGAGGCGCUACGCCCGUGCCAUUAUCAACUUCAGGCACGCCUGGAGGCGAAAUCAACCCUUUCGUUUCACCGGGGCUCUCGAUCCCGACGACACCCACUGGCAUUCAGCGCCCAGGCGCGCCUCAUCGCGUCACAGCUCCCCUGAAGAGCAUCGUCCAAGAUAUUCAAGACAAGUCUCGCGCAGGCACACCGGUUGUCACGCCUCAGAACGAAGCAGUCAACCCGUUCUUCAGGAGGGUCCAGCAUGAGCGUCAACACGUUCCCUCUCGGGUUGCGCGCAAGAAUUCGGCCUCACUCUCGCGAUCGUACUCGCGCCGCACCGAACGCUCCUCGUCCAAGUCGAGUCUGAACACCCCGACCAAAGAGAGAGGUCUGGGCUGGCACCUCGAACCAAACCCGCAUGCGAACGGUGGCUUGCGGAACGCCGUCGACAGUGUGGAAGACAAAUUGCGCAAGAAGCUCUGGGUCGGCACUCUGGGAACGGACACCGACCCCAUCCCGGAACACAUGCGCAAGAGCAUCGACAAGCGCAUGAAGGAGGAUUGUGACUCGCUCCCCGUUUGGAUUCCGGAUGCUGAAUUCACCAAGUGCUAUGACGAGUUCUGCCAUCAAGUGCUCUGGCCGGCGCUGCACUACGCCGUACCCGAUGCGCCGAAGACUAAGUCUUUCUACGAGUCUGCCUCGUGGAAACAAUACUCUUCCGUCAACCAACGCUUCGCGGAUGCUAUCAUCGCCAACUACCAAGACGGAGACAUCAUUUGGGUGAACGACUAUCAUCUUAUGAUCCUCCCGCGCCUGCUGCGCGCUGCCCUCCCCGCCGCGCCCAUCGGCUUCUUCAUGCACGCCGCGUUCCCCUCCUCGGAGAUCUUCCGUUGCCUUUCCGUGCGCGAGCACCUCCUCCGCGGCGUACUUGCCGCCGACCUCAUUGGCUUCCAAACGGCCAACAAUGCGCGCCACUUCCGCCAGACGGUCUCCCGCAUCCUCGCCCUCGAGGCGCUGCCAAAGGGCGUGCAGACCGAGGAUCGCUUUGUGGACGUCGCGGUGUUCCCGAUGGGCAUUGACGUGAAGCAUCUCAGUCAAAGGAAGCGCGAACCUGAGGUGAUGGAAUGGUGUCAGAUCUUGAGGCAGCGAUACGCCGGCCUGAAACUCCUUGUCGGGCGUGACAAGCUCGACGAAGUCCAGGGCGUACGUCAGAAGCUACAGGCGUUCGAAAUGUUCCUGGAGAAACACCCAGAAUUCCACCAAAAAGUCGUCCUCAUUCAAAUUGCACUGCCUACGACGGAAGAAUCCGAAAGCCACGGUGGUGUCCUCGAUGUCGUCGCUCGCAUCAACUCCAAGUUCUCUACGCUCACCUACCAGCCCGUCGUCUUCCUGCACACGCAAGACCUUACCUUCAGCCAGUACCUCGCGCUGCUUACCGUCGCGGACGCGUUCAUCGUCACCGCGCUACGCGAGGGCAUGGCGCUCCGCUCGCACGAGUUCGUCGAGUGCCAAGAGGAUCGCCACCGGCCGCUCAUCCUCUCCGAAUUCACCGGAUCUUACUCAUACCGUGGCUUCCGCUCAUGUAUCGCCAUCAACCCCUGGGAUGCGCGUGGGACGGCCGAUGCGAUCCACCAGGCGCUCACGAUGAGCGACGAGGAGGCGACCUCGCGCUGGGUCGACCUCCACAACCACGUCGUCGCGCAAACGGCGCAGGCGUUCGUGACCACGUUCCUCACCCGCUGCCUCCGCGCCAACAUCGAGCACCUCCGUGGCGAUACUGUUGACAUUCCCGCGUUGGAUACUGCCCCGCUGCUGCCGAGGUACAAGCACAGCCAACAGCGCCUGUUACUUGUCGACCUGGAGGGUACGCUCUGGGUCGGGCGUGACCCCCGCGCGGCGACUUUCUCGCCGCCGGAGAAUGCGCUCGCAGUGUUAAAGAAGCUCGCGGAGGACAAGCGCAACGACGUGUGGUUGCUCAGUGGACUGCCUGUGAAGGGCGCAAUGGAGAAGAUUGCGGAGGUUGUUCCAGAUAUCGGCAUGGUGGCCGAGAAUGGCUGCUUUAUCCGGCCGAGUCCGCGCCGUGAUCCCAAAGGCGACUGGAUGAACAUGGUAGCCAACUUUGAUCUCUCCUGGAAGACGUCCUGCAUGGAGAUUCUCCAAUACUUUACGGAGCGUACGCCCGGAUCGUAUAUCGAAGAGCGCGAAGCCUCCGUCGUUUGGCGGUUCUGGAAUGGACCCGCCGAGAAUUCAGCCGACCGCCAAUGGGCGCGCCGUCAAGCCGCUGAGGCGCAGAACCAUAUCUUCGACAGUAUCGGCGAGCGCUAUCGCCUCCGCAUCACCCCGGGCGCGAACAGUUUUCUCGUUUGGCCGUCCAACAUCUCGCGAUCUACCGCCGUCGGCGCCAUCCUGUCAUCCUCCGGCCAUCCGCUCCACACACCCGUCUCGCCUGCCUUGGUGGGCGUGAACAGGUGGAUCCUCACCUACGGCGAGGAGCUUGAAACGGAGGUAGACUGGGACUUCGUCCUCGCCAUCUCGGGAGACGAAAAACUGCUGAGGAGGCUGAACGAGCUCGACAUCGCGGAGACGUGCUCGACGAGUAUGAGGGGCUCAGACGCGAAGUGGAGGCUCAAGCCCGAGGACGCGGUCAAGGUGUUGGAGCAGUUCGCAAACACGGCGUGAUCCCCUCCUUCCGUAAGCUUCCCAUGUAGAAACUGCUCGUUGAUCGGUCGUGCUCCUCGCUUGCUAUUCGCUCACCACACAAAACAUCACUGAAACAAAGCCGAGUGUACCUAUUACUCCAGAAAAUUCGUUCUAUCAAUAUACGUAUGUUGUAUGUAGAGUACGAUAGGAGUUGUCAAUCAUGUUGUAAUGAAAGGCUGCUUAAUCAGGGCAGAUAAAG